UACGGCAUCAAACAAGAGCCAAAGUCAAAGCAGAGCUGGAAAGCAUGGAUGGCUGGGCGCCUCUGGCUCCCACCAAACGCUUCUCGCAGUCGGGACAGUAUGCGAGAGCGGCCACCACAGCACCGCUCAAGGCCGUCGCAGAUGCAGUGAGGGGAGCAGGUGGAGCAGGACGGCACUCUCUGGAAGAGGCAAAGGCAGCGGGGGGCGCCGAUGCGUUCCCCCCGGUCGGUCAGGUUCCUCACACCGUCGCUCUUCACAUCUUGUCUUUUUUGCCGAUAUCGGACCAAAGAAACUGUGCUCUGGCGGGGAGAGCGCUGGCGAGAGUCGUGGCUGACGAAGCGAACUGGAGCAGGCGUUUGGAGGCCCUCGAUUGGUGUCAUGUCGACGGGCUCGCAGUGGAUCUCGGCGAAGAGGCGAGCAUAGACGAGGUCAGAAGCCUGGGUCGACGAAGAAAAGGGAAGGAAAAGGAGAAAGCGGCUGCGUCACCGGCGGCAAAGAGGAAAACCGAUACCAAGUCGCCUCCGAUUGUGACGAAGCCGGGCCGGUCGCUGUCCGCUACGGACGACGACGAUGAUUUCGGCGACUUUGCCGGGCCAAGCACAGCUGUUCAAGGCAGCUCUCCCUCUGCCGAUGAUGGCUUUGGCGACUUCGUCGUAGGAAAGGCGCCCGUGGGUGGCUCCUUUGCCAGCGGCACCGCCAGUGUGGCCAUGGGUGGCGGUCAACCGCACUCCAUCACGGCUCCAUCGAGCGCAACGGCAGCUGCACGAUCUUCUUUCUCCCCCCCUAACCAUGGCUUCUCCUCGUCUUCCUCCCAGCCAAAGGCAAAGGUGUCGUCAACAGCGCCUGCGGCGGGAAGCGGCGCCAUUUUCUCCUAUGCCGCCGAAGCAGCUUUGCCCUUGUGCGGCUCGUCUUCCUCAUUCAGAAAGCUGAAGGCGUACGCACGGGCGUUGCGAAGCUUUCAGAAGUCGCUGGCAGAUCUGUCCGGUCCGCCGACGAGCUCGCUCAUCUUCACCUGCGAUUUGGGGCUCGAUGCCCAAGCAGCGCUGCUCGCCAACCUCCUUCGUUUCAUCUCGACGAGCGUGGGUGGAGUGUCUUCGGCUGCGUUGGCCGAGAGCAAGCAGCGGUCAACGAACAAGAUGCUUGCCUAUGACGAGGAUGCUUCCAUCACGGUGCGGGGCCAGAGCGCCUCCCGGCAGCUGCAGCGGACCAUACUCUCUUCCUUCCAGGGCGCCCUGGCCCGGAGAGGGGAUGCCGUCAGGGCAGCUGCCCAUGGUGCAGACACGGCCAGAGCGAUACGGAGAGCCGAGGACGAUAUGCGAGGUCAUGCUUGUGCCGUGUGGGAGCUCGGUAAUGCUCGGCUUGCAUUGGCUCUGAGCAACAGCGAUGGAGCGGGCGAGGACGAAGGGCUGGAUGCAUCCCGAGACUCUGAGCAGGAGGAUCGGUUUGGAAGAAUGGAGGCCGCUAAAGCCUUUCUCGAGACGAGGGAGAUCUUCUAUCAGGGAAUGAAACAGCACGAUCCUCUGGCCAACAUCAUCAGCAAGACGACGUCAUCGCCAUCACUCGAUUUCACCGCCAUGGAUAAAUUCAUGUCGGAGAUCCUCGAGACUAUUCGGACGGAUGGACAGAUUGUCGCCACCGUCUUUCCACCCGAGCAAGACGUUCUCAUCGCCUACGCAGACCGAGUGGCUCACGACGUCGUGUCAGAUUACACGAGACCGUUGCUCGAUCACUGUCAAACACUCUCGAUGCACCUAUACCUACGAUGCUGUGCUGCGACAUUUGCCCAGGCUUUGCGCAUUGCCGAUGUAAUGCUUGCUAUUGAACCGCGAGACGAGGACAUCGUUGAUCAGGAACGUUGCCAAGACGUCGUGCUGCGCAUGUGGGAAUCCAACAUCGAUGACUACCUCCAAGGCGAGCGACAGUGGGUAAGCGAAGAGAUGGGAAAGGUGACGGAAAAAUGGGAGAGCGACCUUGCGAAUGAGUCGGCGGCCUCCAAGACCGACGCUGCCCUCUUUCUCAACUCGCAGAAUCCUGCAGCCGUCAAGAGGUCAGUCCUGUCUGGCUUUAAAGAUGUUCUUCUCCUACCUGUCACCGUCGUCCCAAGAACGGUGGGCUACGUCGGCAACGCAGCCAUUAGGACAGCUGGCAGUGGCCUCUCGUCGCUCAAUCCAAGGAGAUGGCAGUCUGGUGGUGCAUCUUCGGGCGCGGCCGCAUCGGCAACAGCAAAGGGAGGCGCAAGAAGCAGUAGUCCUAGCGUAGGAGCUUCUCUCUCGGCAAAUCCGUCGUCGCCUUUGCCACCUAAUCCGUCGACACCCUCAGAAAAGGGCUAUGUGGACUUCAGCAAUGGGUCUGCUGGCGGUGGGACCCUCGACGUGUACGGUGAUACGGCCGACGGCGAUGAUGACAUCGACAACGACUUAGGAGACGACUUCAACGAAAAAGAUGAAUGGAAUGCAGAGGUGGAAGCGUGGGGCCGGGUGGCAAGCGUUCGUCCUGCAGCACCACCAACUUCUGCGAAGCGGAUCAGCUCUCAGCUCAGCUCUCAGACUUCUUCCACGGCUUCAAGGCCAACCUCGCUGACUCCGUCUUCAGCCAUUACUCGACCCUCGACCGUCUCGCCCUCGCCUUCGCGCUCAAGCACACCGGUCGGCGGCAUUGGCAACAAUUCGCGACCGAUCGCGCAGAUGCAGCUCCUCCUCUCGCUCGAUACAGCACUCCAAGUGAUUCACGUCAAUCGAGACUGUAUCAAGCGUGUCGAGACGUUCACAAAGUACCCUGACGAGGUCGGGGAGAGAGUGGCAAAGGAGAUUGAAGAUGUUGCCAUUCUCUUUUUUCACGCACUCGGCGAGGGUCACGUAGCGCCUGGCUUUGCGAAGGCGACGAAGCAGAUCCAGGACUGGAAGCCCAAGGAUGACGCCGGCGCAGCAGACGGGGAAGGCUCAGAUGGGGGCGACGAGCGAGUCGAGCCACUGGUCCACUUCUUUGAGCUCGUGCACGUCGGCGACACGAUUGCUCAGAUGGUGCAAGUCUACUUUGACCAGGAGCUUAGCCACCACAUCGACAAGAAUGAUUUUCUCAACGCCGUCGUGCGAGAAAAGAAGCGGUUCGAGUCGAGUCUGGACGAAGCAGUCGCCAAGGGGCUCAAUGCUGGCGUGGAUCUGCUGCUGGGCCAGGCUGAGCACCUCAUUGUGACGAGACAGGCGCCUGGCGACUAUUACCCGGACAAGAACAAGGAUCUGGAGCUUGGGCCUAGCCGGGCAUGCCGAGAAGCCGUUGAUUGUCUGAAGACACACUGCAAGAUGCUCGUCGGGAGCACCGACAAGAAUGUAUUGGAGGUCUUCUACCAGGAGGUGGGCAUCCGCUUGCACGGCAUCAUUUGCAAGCACCUGAAGCGGCAGAUCAUCUCCCUCGAUGGCGGCUUCAAGGUCAUCGCCGACCUCAACCACUACCAUGCCUUUAUCGCCACGCUUCGUCAGCCCAGCAUCACACCGUACUUUGAUGCCCUCAAAAUGCUUGGGAAUGUCUACAUCAUCGACAGUCCCAAAGAGCUCGCCCAGAUUGCGAGAGAUGCAAAUAUGUUUGGGGGCACUCUGAGCCCAGAAGAUCUCUACGAGUUCUUGCAGGCCCGUAGUGACUUCAAGAUGAUUGAAAAGGCCAUCGACAAGGAGAUGUACGGUUUCAAGCUGGCCGAGGACUGUGUCAUCGCUUAGAUUUGCAGCACUACUUUGAACAAAUGCACAUGUAAUUGUUUUCGGCCCUU